AUGAGCAUCGAUAUUUCGUCGCUCUACUGGAAGAUUUUGACGGUGUUCGAUAUUCUUGGAUGUCUACUCAACGCGAUUCUAUUGUAUUUGGCGUUUUUCAAAACGCCGAGCAAUUUGAGGAUCUACAAGAUUCUCAUCAUCAAUUUCGCGUUUACCGAUUUUUUUGCGGCCGCUUUGAAUUUUUUUGUGCAACAAAGAAUUAUUCCAAUUUUAUACACGAUUGGCUACGUUUCUCAUGGCGCUUGUCGCUAUUUCGGUAGUUUCGUCUGUUUUUUCAGUCAUAGUGUGAUGUCGCAUCUCAUCGUCCAUUCGAACUAUUCGCUUCUGUUCGCCUUCGCCUACCGCUACUACAUUCUGAUUCGUCCCGAGCCGACGCGUCGACAAGUCAUCAUCGCGUUGCUCGUCGUCUACUCGCCGUCGCUAUUCCUCCUCAUCGCCUAUCAGUUCGCGAGAGGCGAACCCGCCAACAUCAUCCGAAUCAUUCAGGAGAACGCGCCCGAAUACAAUUUGAAGGGCCAAAUGAUCACCGGCGUCGAGGAUAUUCGAAGCAUCGCCGCGCAGAGCAAAAUUUUCCAAUUGACCGUCAUGGCGGUGCCGGUAUUCAUCGGGAUUCUCGUGUUUCGUCGGCUCAUCAUCAAAAAACUCGUCAUUCCCCAAUAUAGCAUUUCGGUCAGCACCAAAGUUCUACAUUCGCAACUUCUAAUGGCGUUGACCUAUCAGGCGUUCAUUCCGGUCAUUCUAUUUGUAAGCGUCGCUAUGUAUGUGCUAGAGCAAUUCGGCAUCUAUCGAAGCGAGCUAAUGGAGAAUUACAUAAUGACGGGUCUCGUGUUGAUACCGGUUUUCGGGCCAAUCUCGUAUUUCAUUUUUCUAACGCCCUAUCGCAAAUUUCUGUUUCGAACGAAGCGAACAAUUUCGGACAGAGAUACUAGCAUAUCGCGAAGUGUUCAAACCGCCAAAUUUGUGAAAGCUUAA